AUGGCAAAAGAGUUCAUGGAUCAUUUUUUCGGAAAAACUCAAUUAAAUUUGGAUGAUAUACAACGCCAUAAAGCAAGUAAUCCACCAUCAUUGGCAGAUAUACCUAUGAAAAUAAGCGCUAAAUGGCCUGAUGCUAGUAUUAUAAAGGAAGAAAGGCAGGAAUUCGAAGUAAUCCCUACUCCACAAAUAAAACAGAUAGAACAUUCAUUAAACUUCUUAAUAGGCAGCACCUAUCUAAUGGGUGGUGCAGUUGGUGGUUUGACUGGUUUGUAUAAGGGCAUCCGCAAAAUUAACAAAAAUAACUAUACUUCCAAAAUUAAGACAACAAUAAUCCUAAAUCAUGUAUUAAAGGAAGGUUUCGUACAAUCAAACACAAUGGGUGUGAUAGGGUUGAUAUAUAGUGGUGUUUAUUUAUUAAUCGAAAACAUUCGCCCUGAUUGCGAUGAUGUCCUCAUUAACUUAAUAUCAGGUACAGCUACUGGACUACUAUACAAGUCAACAGCUGGUAUCAAGAAAUGUGUUCAAGGUGGAGUUUUUGGGAUGUGCACCUCUGUCAUAUAUAGCGUCUAUAAAAAUUUCAAGAAGACUGAAUCCAUUGAACAAGAAGGAACAUGA